UCAGCCUGGCGGCACUGCAGCGGCACGACCCCUACAUCUGCAGCAUCGUAGACGUGGCCAGCCAGGUGGCGCUCUACACUUUCGGGCACCGAGCCAAUGAGUGGGAGGUUGGCCAGAAUGAUGCCUGGGCAGUAUACUGGACAGUAGCAUAUUACGCGUUGGCAGUGAGACCUUAUGGAAGCGUGAGCCCUCAGCAAUUUACUAGCCAUGCAGACUCCUGAUGCCAGCCCUGCUGUAGCCAUGGAAAAGACUGAUGUGGAAGGAACACUGUUUGUUUACACAAGAUCAGCUUCACCGAAGUAUGGAUUCACUAUUAUGAAUAGGCUGAGUAUGGAAAAUCGGACAGAACCCAUAACUAAAGACCUGGAUUUCCAGUUGCAGGACCCUUUUCUGCUUUACAGAAAUGCCAGAUUGUCCAUUUAUGGAAUUUGGUUUUAUGAUAAGGAAGAAUGCCAAAGAAUUGCAGAGCUCAUGAAAAAUUUAACUCAGCAAGAACAACUGAAAGCACAGCAGGGGGCUGGCACUGGAAUUUCCCCAGUAAGCCUGAAUUUGGGUGACAGCAAAGAAGUGGAUAUCCUACGGAUGCUUAACAAAGCCAAAGAUGAAUAUACCAAGUGUAAAAUGUGCUCAGAGCCAAAACAGAUAACCAGUUCUUCUGCUAUAUAUGACAACCCCAACUUGAUCAAACCAAUCCCAGUGAAGCCUAGCGAAACUCAGCACCAGUGUAUUCCUCAACAAGUCCAGAAUACAGACCCUGAACCACAACACUUAUCUCUCACAACGCUCUUUGGAAAGCAGGAAAAGUCUAACGUAUACCAAGAUACCUCAGAGCAGUCACAAAAACUUCACCAAGAAAACUUUCCUCUGAGGCAAGGGGUUGUGCGCUCUCUGUCCUAUGAGGAACCUGGAAGACACUCGCCCACAGCAGAGAAGCAGCUUUGCCCGGCCAUUCAGAAACUGAUGGUGCGUGGAGCAGAGCUUCACCCAGUCUCCGAACUCCCUGAGAACCGGAUGUGUGAGAACGGCAGCGUCCCUUCGGUAGGGGAGGUUUUCACGGGACUCUUCCAGCCUGUGGCUUCUCAUGGCAUUCGGACAUCUCAUCCAGUCCAAGAUGCCGUCAGCACACGCAGCCUGCUGCAACAGCUCCAAAGCCAGUCAGGACAAAUGACAAAAAUGGAGCCCAGCAAUGCAGGACCAACGAGUUCUGCUGCAUCAGUCUUCACCAGGGCUCCUGCUGUCUCCUCAGGAGCCCAGGUAAAGAAUGUGACACAGCCUCAUCUCAUGUAUUUCAAUGGCUCUCUCCCAGGUCAGACUUUGGGGCCUCCAGCCCUUGGUAAAGAACAACCCAAACUUCCCGGACAGUCCCUUCCUCUCUCUGGGAACCAAUCUGGAAACUCUGGAGUAAUUUCACCACAAGAGUUAUUAAAGAAACUUCAGAUAGUGCAACAGGAGCAACAGUUGCAUGUAUCCAGUCGGCCAACCUUGGCAGCCAAGUUUCCCGUGGUUACUCAGAGCAGCACCACCCUAAAACCUCUGGAUUCCUGGAUGGACAAAGCUUCAAACACAGAAAAGCAGCCUCCUCUUUUUCAGGUCAUCUCGCCGCAGCGAAUUCCUGCUACUGUGGCUCCUUCACUACUGAUGUCCCCAAUGGUGUUCAGUCAGUCUGCCCCAGCACCGCCAAAGCCAAGUGAAGGUGGAUGGCUGCCCAUCGUGAACCAAGAAGCUGUUUCUAGUUCCACCAGCAGCCUGUCUGUGCAGAACCCAGAAGCAGCUGUUACAAACAGCAGCUCACUGACAAAGCUACAACUACAGGAAACGUUACUACAUCUGAUCCAGAAUGACGACAACUUCCUAAACGUCAUCUAUGACGCGUACCUAGACAGCGUGAGAAAAGCAGCACUGAAAAAACCCAUGUGAAACUUCGUUUUUUUUAAAAUUAAAAUGUAUCUCAUAUCCUGAACUUGACUUUUUAAAAUAACUGUCAAACAAAACAAGGGGUUUUGGGCUUUCUGCAUAGCUUUAAAUGAUGCUCGCUGGCAAGUCUGUGCUCUGCUGAGGAAUGAGUGGGUGGGAACGGAUAGUGCCUUCCAGAGGGUAGGGUGAUGUCACAGUAUGACAACAGACUUAAGAUACCUUUAUAGUGUUUUUCUUAUGUAGGCUGGAUACCAGCAUGUAUAAAGAUUUAUAUUUUCUCUUCAAUAAUACAUCUGUUUUUUGUGUUUUUUAAAAGAAGAAUAUUAGAGAUUAGUUGCCUAGGUACUUUGCUGGAAUCAUUAGUUACCAUAGGUGGAAGUUACUACUCUACAUUGUUUACAAAGGAUGGUACUUGCUGGCGGCCACCAGGUGGCAGGCUUGGACUAUAGUAGUAAACUUUGAAGCUAUUGUGAAAGCUGUUGCUAGAGAAAGCAGAUAGCUUUUCAAAGAGCUAAAAAUAACAUUGUGGUCAUCAUUGCCAGUGAUUUGGACAUCCAUCCCUCUGCUGUCUCUGUUCACACAAUCUGUAUGUUGGUUUUUUGUUUUGUUUUUAAACCUGUUUGAUGGCAAAGAAGUGAAUGCGUAUGCCGUGGACAUCCAUACCACCUCCAGUUCUACUGACCCCCCCCCCCCAAAGAAAAACCACAACAGAGGCUGUCAUUAUUCUUUGGAAGGAAUGUUACUUGCCCGCAGGAGACUGGUUUCUCAUGUUACAAUUUCCCCCUACAUGCCAGAGUUGUGUGAAAAAGAUAACGCAGGAAGGUCUGCAACCAAGGUCUGCAACCAAGAGUCAGCCGCUGCAAAAGGACUUGUCUAUGCCAAGAAUUUGAUAGGAUUCUGCAUACCAUUUCCUUUCUUGUUCCCUGCAACACACCCCAAGUUCUCUGCAUGCAGACUACUAUGUAGGAAAGAGGCGGUUUUCCUCUUUUUAAAAAACAAAAAACAAAACCUCAUUUUGUAAGCAAAUAUUUUUCUAUUUUGUGACCAGAACAUUCAUAGCAAGGAGUAGAUGAUUACAUUAGAAUUCUUUAUAGAGUCUUUUCUUUCUAGCUGUUUUUCCCCUUUGAUGUAGAUAUAGGCCUUCAUUAGACUGUGAUAACUUCUGUGUGCUUUUCUCCGGGAUGACUGCAUUACUUUUAAGCAUUUUGUUAAAACUAGCAAUGUGAAUGAAUGAAUAGUUUCAUUUCCACUGUGUUGUUCAAUCAGAAGAUGGACAGUAGUUUCAAUUACCCAUUUGUAAAGAAAAUAAAAUGUAUUUACACAGA